CCCUCCGCCGAGGGACGAUUUGUGUUUUAUCUGUCCUCGGCUCUCCUCGAGUGCGCGAUUCUCGCGUACCUUCCUCAUCGAGAUCGUUUUGCUCAAAACCUUCAUCGAUUCUCGCAGAAUCCUGACGGAUGAGAUUCCGGAAAGAGGGAAACAAAAUCCUGGAGUCUCGACCGUCCCCUCCCAGAGCUGCGUUGAAUGAAUCGUGUACGUGCGCGAGGGAGAGAAUCCUGCAACAAUAGAUAACUACCAUUUUGUGUGUUUAUGGAUCCCCUUUCUCUGCUCCCCCUUCCUCUUCCUUCUCCACCGCCCUCGCGUUUCGUUCUGAAAACAUCGAAUUUAGGGUUUCGAAGAAUUAUAUUCGUAGACUCUUUUGCGUUUAUUUCCUUUUCUCGGUAUUACACAACUCCUUGUUCGAUUUCGAUCUCUGACAGGAAUCUACUCCUAUGUGUAGGAAAGGUGUACGAUUUCGUCAUCUUGCAGUAAUAUAUAAAUUCAGUAAUGGCUAAUAAUUCAAGAGGAAUACCCCGCAUACAGGUCUUUCGACCGACGUAUGAAGAGUUUAAAAAUUUCACACAAUAUGUGGAAUAUAUGGAGAGUCAGGGUGCUCAUAAAGCUGGCUUGGCAAAGGUGAUACCACCACCAGAAUGGAUUCCGAGGAAAAAGGGCUAUAAUCUGGAAGAACUAGAUCUUAGUAUUCCAGCGCCAAUCUGUCAGGUUGUCACUGGAAAGCAAGGCCUUUAUCAACAGAUCAAUAUCCAAAAGAAAUCAAUGACUGUCCAAGAGUACAGUAAAAUGGCCAACUCUGAACGUUAUGCCACUCCUCGUCACUUUGAUUACGAGGAUCUGGAAAGGAAAUAUUGGAAGAACAUAACAUAUGUAGCACCGAUAUAUGGUGCGGAUGUAUCUGGUUCUUUGACCGAUCCAGAUGUAAAGGAGUGGAACAUCAAUCACUUAGGAACGAUCUUGGAUUAUGUUAACAAAGACUAUGGUAUAUCCAUUGAUGGCGUCAAUACAGCUUAUUUAUAUUUUGGAAUGUGGAAAACCACAUUUGCGUGGCACACGGAAGAUAUGGAUCUUUAUUCUAUAAAUUAUCUUCAUUUUGGCGCACCUAAAACAUGGUAUGCUAUACCUCCGGAACAUGGACGUAGACUGGAAAGACUGGCCAAUGGCUUUUUCCCAUCGAGUUAUCAGAGUUGUCAGGCCUUCUUGCGUCACAAAAUGUCUUUGAUAUCCCCUCAAAUAUUAAGACAAUAUUCUAUUCCAUGUAACAAAAUAACACAAGAAGCUGGAGAAAUAAUGAUUACGUUUCCAUAUGGUUACCAUGCUGGUUUUAAUCAUGGAUUUAAUUGCGCCGAAUCUACUAAUUUUGCAGCACCUAGAUGGGUAGAGUACGGAAAGAGAGCUACGCAGUGUACCUGUAGUAAAGACAUGGUCAAGAUAUCUAUGGAUACCUUUGUCAAACGCUUUCAACCCGAGAGAUAUGAUUUAUGGCUACGUGGUGAAGAUGUUGGUCCCCAUCCUGAAGAUCCUAGGCAAACUGCUGCACCAAUGCCAUCGCAAAUGGAUUUAUUGUGCAACAGCAGUAGCAAUGGUCAAUUACCACAGAGCUACUUGAAUGCAGUGCCGAAAAAUAAGCGACAUAUGAUUCAUAAGAAGAAGAUUAACACAAAUUCUGCUGUUAAUAUGGUAGAAUUAGUUAACCGUGCGGACAUUCCUCCGGAUAUUAAAAAGGCUUUGCAAGAUCUUGAAUUUGAAGAAAUUGAGGAACCAAUAGACGAGCCGGAUGAACAACAAUUGCAAGUUUUAGAAGAUAUCUGGUUAAAAGCAGGAGAAAUGGAUGUUGAGGAAGCGUCUGUGUACGACGAUGGUUACAAUCGCAAGAAAAGCAAAAAGAAGAAGAAAAAGCAAAGUGGAAGUAGAGAAAAGAAAUCUAAAAAGGAAAUCAAUAAAAUUAUUAAUACACAGGACGUGAAUAUGAUUAAAGUGGAAAUAAAAACUGAAGACAUGAGUACUUUUGAUAGCGACGAAAUUCCGGUGAUUCAAGGAAGUUACAACGACGAUAUUAUAAUACAUAGUGAUCCUAUGGAAGAUCCUCUGAAAUUAGAUUUUUCCGAAGUUGUCGACAAAUCUGCUAAAAAGAGGAAGAAGCAUUUGAGUCACAGCAGUCAGAAGAAAAUAAGAUUGAAACCUCCAUCGUCCAAAAGUAAAUCUAAAUAUAAUAAUACACCAUUCUAUUCUGGCACAUCAAUUUUAAAUCCUAAUCAAUUCGGAAAUAUGGCGCUACCUGAUUUUCAUAAUAGAAUUCCUACUGUAAAAGAUACAUCUAACAAUCAAAGAAAAACAAAUGCAUUGCCUGGAAAUAUUCCGUUUGGUAAUGAACACAGCACGAUAAAUGUAAAGGAUAAAAUUGUAAAUACAACCAACAGUGAUCAAAUAUCUAUAAAUUAUACUUAUAAUGGUGACAAAGAUAAAAAAAUAUUAAUGAAUAGUAUAGUAGGAAAUACAGCGACAAGCAUUGAUUCAUUGAAAGAUGUCAAAAGCGAUCCUUACAAACUAAUGUACCAAAAGAACUUCAAUGCUACAAUACAAAAAAAUUCUGGACAUCAAAAUGAAAGUACAAAAAUCAGUUCUUAUAUGAAACAGCCUAUAAAUUACAAAGCUACAGCAAUAUCCACGAAAAACGAAUCGAUACAAAAUAAUAAUAGGCCCCUGUUAAAAGCGCCUCGAUUAAGCAUACUGCCGAUAAAAGUUUCACAACUUGAAAAUGCUGCUACAAGUCAAGAGAGCUUGUUCAGCCCACCUAUGGAUCCCAAUGUACAAAAUAUUGAGAAGUCACCAGAAUCGAAACCUACUCUCCCACCUGAAGAUAUGGCGACAUUCUAUCCGAAUACAACUUUCCACAACAAUCCACCGAUUUUAGAAAAUGAAUUAGAAGCGCAGCACAACGGAAAUGAUAAUUCACCGAAAAGUAUACCAAAACUAGAGGAAAUUAAUAUUCAGCUUCCACCUGGUACUGCCUGUACUCCGAUCAUCAAUAGAAUUCCACAGGGUCCCGUUCUUCACAAUAACAAUUUCUCCACGGUUAGUCAGCACAGCAUGAAUUCAAAACCAAAACCUGAAUUGGGAAAUAUACCCAUGUCAGAGAAGAUGUCCCCGGCUUACCCAGGAAAAUUCUGGCCAAAUCCGUACAUAAAUUCUUCAGGAAUUUCUAAACUGACUCAAGCGUCUACUGGCGCCAUGAAUAAAAAUGGCCUCAUGCAAAUUGGGCAAUUUCCAGCUUGUGCAUCAUAUCCUGUAUCAAAUAUGAUGCAGCCACACUCUCCCGGCGUGUAUGGCUCUAAAAUGGUGUUCCCUUCAAAUAUGAUCCCUCCAAAUACAAACGUAUAUUUACAAACUGUCGAACAGUCGACUGCCAAAGUGACCUCAACCGUUCCAAACAAUUCGAAACGAAGUAAGAAUACGUCGCGCCAGAAGUCGCAAAAAGGACAUACAUCGCGUAAAAAGUCAUCUUCGAAGAGCGACAAAUCGAACAACGCAGUUAUAAGUACAUCUCGAACAAAUGUCGCUUCCAUCGGAACGCAAAUUAAUAAUCCUCUAGACGUACCUGCAUUGAGCUAUAAUACGGACAAUAGUCUAUCGCGAGUUGCAAAUACGCAAGACGAUACGAUAUAUUCGUAUGUACAUUCCUCGACCGAGAAGAAAUCACCUGUAGAUGAUGUUACACAAUCUAGCGAGAGUGAAAACAUUAUAUCGAGUAUAUCGGACAAUAAGGCGCAGCUACAAGGCUUAAUAAAGAUAACAGAUAAUACUCAUUCUCAUUUAUCUUUGUCUAACAAAGUCAAACAAAACCAAAUACCCAUCUUGAGGAAGAAGCCCAAAGAAAAGUUGAAGAAAUCUACGACGAGGAAAAAGAAAACAGCAACUAACGUAGCAACUGCAAUUGCGACUUCCACGAGCCAAGUUACGAAAGACGAAGCCAACAUAAUAUCAACGCAAUCCACUGAUAUGUCACAAUCCAGUAGCGGUUCCCAACCAAUCACGUCGACGAUUCCCGGACAUAUUUCAGAAAUGAUUUACCCGAAUAUACCGAAUAGCGACUUGCUGAAAGCUUUCAAUGAUUAUUGGAGCACUCAAGUCUCCCAUUGUGCAGUAUGCACCACUUUUGCUUCACCUACGAGCGGAAGCAACAGAGUAAUGCCACCUGAUUGGAAGUAUUGCAAAUCAACCACGUUACCUGAAAGCACGCCGAUAUGGGUGUCAGGCAGUAUUUUUGCGGCCAAUUCCAAGGAACAGGUUGUAGAGCCGGAAAACAACAAACUCCUACGAUGUAGAGAGUGUCACGUGACUGUUCAUGCAUCCUGUUACGGUAUAACUAUAUUACCUACGGAUAUCCGAAAUUGGGCCUGUGAUAGAUGUAAAGCCGGCAGGAAUGAUGUGAUGUGUUGCUUGUGCCCGAUGUUUGGCGGUCCCUUGAAACGCACCAGCGACAGUCGAUGGGCGCACAUCUUGUGCACGCUUAUGGUACCGGGAGCCACCUUCAAGGAUGCCAUAAAUAAAGAUCCCAUCAACGUAUUGACGAUUAUGGCGGAGUCGUUGAACAAGAAGUGUUGCUUCUGCGGCCAGGAAGGCGGAGCAUGUCUGAAAUGUAAUCAAUGCACCAACGUGUUCCAUCCGUCUUGCGGUCUCGCGGCGGGUGCCGCAUUUAUCAUACCAGUGUACAAUUCGCAAGAACUGCAGGUAACGUGUAAUGGUCAUGACGAAGACAAGGGAAAAGUUCUGCAGAUACGACAAGGUGAAACUGUUUGGGCGAAACAUCGAAAUAGCAGAUAUUAUCAAGCCAAAGUCGAGUCUAUUCAGCAUAUUCUCUUUUACAUGGUUACAUUUAGCGAUAACAGUUUCAGCGAAGAUUUGUAUCCCUCUGACAUAACCAAUUAUGAUUCUGGAAAUAUACCGCCACUCGGAGCCGCGGUGAGAGUAAAUUGGACAGAUGGCGAGACGUACGAUGGUGUCUUCGAAGGCACAAAUCAUCAGAUAAUGUUUAAUGUAAUUUUCGAGGAUGGUUCGCAACUUGAUUUAAAACGCAGCGACAUAUAUAGCUUACAGGAAGAUCUGCCAAAAAGAGUGCGCACUCGUUUGUCUGUUGCCACUGAAAUGAAGCACAGAUCGCAUCUUUAUGGCACUGAAGAUGAAACGGAGACGCAAAGAAAAGUGAAACAAACUAUGAAACCCACUUACGAUUAAACUUUUAAAUGUAAAUAAUUAUUAAGCAAAGAGACAGUAUAUAGAGUCCUAUAUUGUAAAUAGUGUGGUAUGCAUGAGAAUUUAUUUUAUAAUUGUAAUUAUGUGUCUUCUCCUUAAUAACUUGACUUCAAUAUAAAAUUAAUCAGGUGUAAAAAUUCUUUUUUUUUAUAUGUUCAAUCAUUUUUAUUUUAAUUUAAUUGAUGUUUUCAAUCAAAUCUAUGUCUCAUUAAAUUAUUUGCAGUAUUGUGCCUGUAUAAUUGUGUGGGGUACAUUCCAUAUACAAUAUAGGCUAUUAAUAUUAAUAAAUAUUUAAAAAAUGUGGGAUAUGGCGGAAUUAUUUGAAUAGGAUAAAUUUAAUUUUCAAUUUUUUAAAAUUGUUAUAGCGUCACUAAACAAAGCAUAAACAUUCGAAAGAUUUUUGCCAUCACAUCGCAAACGAACAAAGCUUAAGAGAACGUGCAUGAAAUCUUAACAUUAUUUAACAAAAUGCUGUUCAAAUUCACCCGCUGUAUUCGCAUAACUGCUGUUUCGACGGCACCAAUGAAAGAUAUUUAAGUAUUGUAGUUUUGGACAAAACCCUUUCGGCCUGAAGCUAAAUGUACUUGCACAAAAUGUAUUGUUUAAAAAAAGAAUAAAGUUCUUGAGAUAUUAUAAAUUUGA